AUGGGUUACGAGGAUUCUGUCUACCUGGCCAAGCUCGCCGAGCAGGCUGAGCGCUACGAGGAGAUGGUCGAGAACAUGAAGAACGUCGCUUCCGCCGACCAGGAGCUCUCUGUUGAGGAGAGAAACCUCCUUUCCGUCGCCUACAAGAACGUCAUUGGUGCUCGCCGUGCAUCCUGGAGAAUCGUUACCUCCAUCGAGCANAAGGAGGAGUCCAAGGGCAACGAGCAGCAGGUUACCCUCAUCAAGGAGUACCGCCAGAAGAUUGAGGCCGAGCUCGCCCAGAUCUGCGAGGACAUCCUUGCUGUUCUUGACAAGCACCUCAUUCCCUCUGCCCAGAGCGGCGAGUCCAAGGUCUUCUACCACAAGAUGUUCGGUGACUACCACCGUUACCUCGCCGAGUUCGCUCUUGGUGACAAGCGCAAGACCUCCGCCGACAAGUCGCUCGAGGCUUACCAGAAUGCCACCGAGGUUGCCCAGACUGACCUCGCUCCCACCCACCCCAUCCGUCUCGGACUCGCCCUGAACUUCUCGGUCUUCUACUACGAGAUUCUGAACUCGCCCGACAAGGCCUGCCACCUCGCCAAGGCCGCCUUUGACGAUGCCAUUGCUGAGCUCGAUACCCUCAGCGAGGAGAGCUACAAGGACUCCACCCUCAUCAUGCAGCUCCUCCGUGACAACCUGACCGAGCCUUCGGGUGACGCUGCCCCUGAGGCCAAGGAGUCCGCCGAGGCACCUGCUGCCACUGAGGAGACCAAGGCAUCCGAGUAA